UUUCGGAUAAAUAGGAGGUGCGCAUUUUCUAGUUGCAGCACUGAACUUUCGUCCGCCAUUCAGUCCGCAACAGGAUCACAGCAAGUAACCAAACGAAGCCGAAUCCCUUCUCUUGACGUGCAAUAAAUAACCUUAUCACGAUGAAGAAUGCUUGCAUGAUCAUAUUCGCUGGAUUGGUGGUGCUGGGUUCAGCGGAAGAGCCUUUAGACAGCAGCGAAACUUUUACCCAAGUCUAUCCAUUCGCCGAGCGUGCAUUCUUUUAUUAUCCUACUGGAGCUGGAAACUUGUUCAAUCGAGCGGGUAAUCCGGCUCCAUCAGUCGAUUUUGACGACAACCCUUUUGAUGCCGCCGCAGCAACCUCCUCGCAAGAUAUUCCCGCUGCUUAUUUCGUACCGACAUCCGACCUGUUGUCCAUGCCCUACCCAUCUAGAAGCGACCAAGAAGCGGACGAGAAAGCGGCAAUGAAGCAUCUGGAAAUGCUGAAGGAAUUGCAUGACAAAUUGGAGAGCAGUGAACAGAAAUUUUUGAAGCCCAGUCUCUCGUUUGGUGGCAACGGAGUUACCCUCCCAAUGAAUGCGUUCGUGGCUAUGUUGCAGAAGCUUUCGAAGACGGUCACCAAAACGGUCAUUACGACUCAAUUUACAACUGUAUUUAUGAAUGUUAGCAACAGCGUUUCUGAAACGACUGAUUCGGCCAUUGUCGUCAGCAAUACAGAUACUAAGGCCACUACAACCACCACCAGCCCGGCGACUACCAUCGCAGAAACAACUACUCCAACCAUCUCGUCGGCAUCUUCUUCUGUUCUCGAAACAACUCCCGUGAUCGAAUCAACACCCGUGAUCGAACCAACUUCCAUGGUGGAAACAACAACUUCCGCUAUCGAAACAACAGCUUCCGUUAUCGAAACAUCAACUACUACUAUCCCUGUGUCGGUCACAACUAGCACUCCUUUGGUGAUUGUUACGACAAUCACUACGACAAUUCUCUAAAUUUGUUACUGCGAUAAUUUCUUUCUCUGACAGAUUCCUAUUUCAGGUAGACUCUUCAAUCGUACAAUAUAUCUUUUGCUCAAAAAUAAAUGCCAUGCCAUAAUCAA